CAAGGUUGGCUGUACUCGGUUUUAUACUUGCUUUCGGUCACGUCAUCAUGAAUGUUUCGUUUUGAUUUUGUUUAAAGUGUUGAGGUCAAUGUUUGCCUACUUUUUCAUUUCAUUUGAAGUUAUGUUUGAGUUCGCAGGCAUUUCAGUGAUGGGAAAAUGCAGGAUCUUUCAUCCACCUCAAAAACACAACAUAACCUCCUUGGCAGAUAAAACACCUCAACAGUAAAACGUACAUGCAGUGCCGCUGGAGGAGAUACAAAAAGAACCAGCAGCAGCUUGUAGAGGGAUUUGGAGAACGUUUGUGAACACGUGCAGAAGCAUCGAUCCUGCUUAACAGCAACCACUUAAAGAAAUCAGAGAGAGAGGAGGGUGAGUGACAGACUGCAGACAGAAUGAAAGCACGGGACGGAUAGAGCAGGUCACUCACUCACUGAAGUCACAGAGAUUCUGUUCGACAAGCACAUACAUCGAAACGCCACCCUAAGGAGCUGGGAGAUCCAGCACAGAAUUUGGAACUCCGAUCUUCUUGUAUUAGGUCAGCGUGAUGCAGAAGAUCAGUGGCUCGCCGUUCCUAAAGCCAUUUUUUCUGAGGACACCCGUCAGCGUGGUCAGCCCGCUGCACAAGAGGCGCCACACCCUGCCUGCCAGCGAGUUCAGGAACCUCACCCCGCAGGACGCCAUCAGUGUGUUUGAGAUCGAGAGAGAAGCAUUCAUCUCUGUGUCUGGAGAGUGUCCACUCACCCUGGAGGAGGUGCUUUCCUUUCUGGGUCAAUGUCCUGAGCUGUCGCUGGGCUGGUUUGAGGAGGGACAGCUGGUGGCGUUUAUCAUCCGCUCAGGCUGGGACAAAGAGACGCUGUCACAGGAGGCAAUGACCUGCCAUGUCCCAGACGCACCCACAGUGCACAUCCACGUGCUGUCAGUGCACCGCCACUGUCGCCAGCAAGGCAAAGGCUCCAUCCUCCUGUGGCGCUACCUGCAGUACCUGCGUUGUACACCAGGGCUCCGGCAAGCUCUGCUGAUCUGUGAGGACUUCCUGGUGCCGUUUUACCUCAAAGCCGGCUUCAAGGAGAAAGGGCUGUCGGCCAUCUCCAUAUCCAACAUGCACUUCCAAGAGAUGGAGUACACGCUCGGCGGGCAAGCAUAUGCACGGCGGAAUAGCGGAUGCUAGUCCCCUCAAGUCCUGAAACCGUUUCCAUACACUUGGACACCUUGAAAAAGAUUCAAGGCAGAAAUGUGUGAAGUACAUAAAUAAAGCAGGCAGACAGAUAGCAGACACCAUGCUGUAGCAGCCGUUUGGUUUCACCAGUGACCAGACCUUGGAUCAGCACCUUGGUUUCUCCUGACUGAUCAAAACAUGACGGCAGAGUGGAUUCACUUUUUACACACAAAUUACAAUAAACCAAAUAGUAUAGCCCAACUAUUUCACUAAACCAACUAAAAUACGUUCAGGUGUAAUGCCGCAUAAUCAGUCCGUGUGCGCCUCUGUGGACAUUUUAUCUCAGGAUACUGCCUUGAAGUGUCACCAUGGUAACAGUUAAAAAACAAAAAGCAACUAAAUUCACCAACUAACCAGAUUUCAGUAACCACUGAGGCUACAGAGCAGGUUUUGGCCUUAAACUCAGUAUCUCAGGAACCGCUGAGACUGCAAGACAGAUAUUAGACAAAUUACUUACUCUGUGACCCCAAGUUUUGCUUUCAUCUACCUGAAUAUUUUUCCUUAAAAUUGUCAAAUGUUGGUUUUUACAAUUGAACUUAAUAACAUUAUCCCUAGCUCUGAGUAACCACGAAGGAGAGGAACAGAUUUUGGCCUUAAGCUUUACAGGGACCCCAAGUUCAUAAUUCUUCCAAUUGAACACUUUUCCUGACAAUGACCAUAAAUCCCCAUUUUGAUCUUGAUACCAUUGAAGUGGUCAUUUGCUGCAUCUCAGUAGCCGCCGAGAUACUAGAGAGCAGAUAUUAGACAGAUUAUGUACUCAGUGACCCCAACUUUUUCUUCCAUACAACUGAAUAUCUCUCUUCCAAAUGAUCAGAAAUCAUUUUUACAUUUGACCCUAAUAAGAUUAUCACCAGCUCUAGCUCAGUAACCACUGAUGCUCAAGAGCAGAUCUUGGCCUAAACCACUUAGGGACUCCAGAUUUUGGUCUUAAAACUACAUACCCAAGUUUCUAGUUCUUCCAGUUUAACAUGUUUCCUGCCAUUGGCCAUAAAGCCCCGUUUUGACCUUUGAUACCUCUGAAAUGGCCACUUGCUGUAUCUCAGUAUCCACUGAGGCUAGAGAGCAGAUAUUGGGCUUAAAUUAUUCAGCAACCCUAAGUUUCUCUCUUACCCUAUCAAAUAUUUUUCCUUAAAACCAUCAGAAAUACUUAUUUUGAUCUCACACCUCAGUAAGGUUAGCCCCAGCUUUACCUCAGUAUUACUGAAGCUCAAGAGCAGAUUUUGACCUAAACCACUUAAGGACCGUUUUGAAUUCUUCCACUCUUUUCCUGACAACCACCAUAAAUCUCAAUUUUAAACUAUGAUACCUAUAACACAGGUGCUUCCCUGUAUCUUUGAGGCUGGAGAGCAGACGCUGGACAAAAGCAACCCAAAGUUCCUCUUUAAUCCAGUUGAACAUUUUUCCUAAGAAUCAGAAAUGCAUGUUUUUACCUUUGAAUUCCAUAUAGGUCCCCCCUGACUGUAUCUUGGUAACCGCUGUGGCUACAGAACAGAUUUUGAAUUAAAAUUACUCAGUGACUCUUGAUCCGAAUGAAUAAUUUUCCUGAAAUGACUUGUUUAUUUCACGUAUUAUACUGCACUGUAUUUCUGUAACUGCUGAAUUCUUCCACUGAACAAAUAAAUUUCAUGUUUUUGUAAGUCAUGUUUGACUUUGUUUCAGCUUAUUGCAAUAUAAUGCAGAAAGAAUGCAGUUUUGUAU